AUGGACGCGCGCGAGAGAUUGACAAUCCACUCCGUUAAAGACUGGGAACGCGUUAAAAAUGACUACAGACUAACCGCAAUGGCUCAACUGGAAGAGCAAAUUCGAUCUCAAGGACUCGCAAGCCAGCGAGACGCGUUGACGGAGCACCUCAACCGGUAUAUUGAGCGCGCAUUCGAACUUGCAAAGCCCAACCUCCGAGUGAAUGGUCGGAACUACGAAGAUGUAGAGGCUGAUGAAAAUGUCGAACCGUUUGACGAGGCGCUUGAUAGACAUAUCUGGUCGUUGGCAGACAAUCGCUUGAACUGGCACACGAAUAUCGCAGCAGCUCGUCGAACGAAGCCGAUCGCUAUUUCUUCGGCUAUACGGGAUAGUUUUGCACUACAAGCGGAAAAGGACGCUCAGGCACCUCCCCCAAUUGUACACGUAGGAGGCGAGGAGGAAGACGAUGGGAUACAUGAUGCAAACAUACAAUCCUCCGCCCAACAAGCUUCCGCCAUUGGGCACGAGCUGUCUCAGACUAUCCCCAGUCAGCACGAACGCUCGGAGCGCUCUAAAGUAGUGGCUGCUGAGAUCAAGAUGAUGAAGCCAUAG